AUUGCACGCUUUGGCUCAGGAGUUUCUUCAUAUAUUGCUAUUCUUUCCGAUGUUACGUUGCCAAUUGUGCCAAUGCUUAUUUUCUCGAUUUUCUCCUUUUUUGCCGGUGUACUAGUCAUUUUUUUGCCAGAAACUUGCGAUCGUCCUUUGCCCGACACAUUACAAGAUGCAGUAACAUUUUUGCGCAGUGAUCCUCGUUAUCAGUGCUACAGUUUCGGUGCUAACAAGAGUAGUUCACUAAUGCUGCGGGAAGAAAAUGAAAAUGUAGCGGCUGGUGGUGCUGCUGGCGCAGAUGUUGCUGACGAUCGACGAUCCAUUGCCAGCAGUGGUACUCGUAGUCGGCGAAUAAGUACAGUGAGUGGUGGAACUGAACGCCGACCCAGUAUUGCAGUGUUGCAAGAAGCACGAGUGAACUUUUUUUAG